AUGAAGUAUUUCCUCUUCUUUACUAUCGUUGCUAUUGCUCUGGCACACCCUCCCAGACUCGUCGAGGUCGCUAAGGAGGUCAACGCCAUGAAGACCACUUGGAUUGCCAAUGAGGCUAUUCCCACUCGUGACUACACUCAGUACCUUGGUGUGCUGUUUGGUGACCGACAGCUGCCUUCGAAGACUAUUGUUGCUCGUGGUGAUCUUCCUGAGUCUUUCGACCCCGUGGAGAAGUGGCCUGAAUGCCCUUCUCUGAAGGAGAUUCGUGAUCAGUCUGUUUGCGGUUCUUGCUGGGCUUUCGGAGCUGCUGAGGCUGCCACUGAUCGUCUCUGCAUUGCUUCUAAGGGAAAGAUCCAGGACCGUCUUUCGGAGCAAGAUCUUCUGACUUGCUGCGAUUCCUGCGGAUUUGGAUGUGAUGGAGGCUGGCUCGAUAUGGCUUGGAGAUGGUUCCAAAGCACUGGAGUGACUACUGGAGGCGAGUACGGAAGCAAGGAUUGGUGCAAUGCUUAUUCCUUCCCCAAGUGUGAGCAUCACGCUGAGGGCAAGUAUCCUCCUUGCGGAGAGAGCCAGGAGACUCCUGAGUGUGUCAAGCAGUGCCAGGAGGGAUAUCCCGUUGAAUAUGAGAAGGACAAGCACUUCUUUGGAGAGGCUUACUACGUCCAGGGAGGUAUUGAUGCUAUCAAGACCGAGCUGAUGACCAACGGUCCUCUUGAAGUGUCCUUCUUUGUGUACGAGGACUUCCUCACGUACAAGAGCGGAAUUUACCAGCAUGUCGCUGGUAAAUACCUCGGCGGUCACGCUGUGAAGCUGGUCGGUUGGGGUGUCGAGGAUGGCAUUGAGUACUGGAAGAUUGCUAACUCUUGGAAUGAGGAUUGGGGUGAGAAUGGUUACUUCCGUAUUGUUGCUGGUAAGGGCGAGUGCGGAAUUGAGGUGGGCCCUAUUGGCGGAAUUCCUAAGCUGUAAGGUGUUCUUCUGGUU